UGAAGUUUUUUGCCACCGCCUUGUUCCUUGCUUCAUCAGCAAUCUCCGCCUCUGCCUUCUCGGCUGUCGCCCCAAAAGCAAAUGGUGCUGCCACCGGGAGCCCCGAGCCUAUCGACAAAUCUUUGAAAGGAAUUGAUGCCGAGGGUUCGUUCGAUCCCGUCGAAGGAGAAAAUGCCGCCCUCUCACGAAACAACAAUGGUGAAGUUUGGGUGCAACAGGUAAGGAUCACAAUUUCAACAUAACUCGAAGGAUUUUGAUGAUGAUAGCCGUCUUCUUCUCUCGAUGACAACAUGCAAAAUAUUCUUAUUUUAUUCUACUUUUUCGAUCCGACUGGUUUACGAAGAGAAAACGUCCUCGUCGCAACAGAAAAUCUCCUACGCUGCGAGGAAUGGUUCGUGAGAACAUUGUCACUCCUUCAAACUUCAUCUACCCUCUUUUCAUUCACGACGAAGACUUCAACCAACCUAUCGAAUCUAUGCCUGGAUGCGAACGUCAUUCUCUUGACUCCAUGCUGAAAGAAGUCGGAGAAUCCUACGAAUUGGGUGUCAAGACUUUUGUUUUGUUCCCGAAGGUCCCCGAUGAGUUGAAGACGAACUUGGGAGUUGAGGCAUACAAUCCCGAAGGCAUCGUUCCUCGUGCCAUUAGAAUGAUCAAGGAAGCAUACCCUGAAUCGGUUGUCGUUACCGAUGUUGCGUUGGACCCUUAUUCCGACCAAGGACACGAUGGUGCUGUAGAAGACGGAAAAAUUUUGAACGAUGUUACCAUCAACCAACUUUGUAAGCAAGUUAUCUGCCAGGCUAGGGCCGGUGCUGAUAUUGUUGCCCCCAGUGACAUGAUGGUAAGAUCCACUUUAAACAUUCUUUACAGCGUUUCCUUGUUCAUGUUACUUGACCGCAGUCCUUGCUCACUCUUUUUAAUUUCUGUCGAUCAGGAUGGCCGAGUGAAAGCGAUCCGCGAUGCUCUUGAUUCGGAAGGUUUCACCGAUGUCUCGAUUCUUUCCUACACUGCCAAGUACGCCAGCGCUUACUACGGGCCUUUCCGAGAUGCCUUGGACAGCCACCCUGGUUUCGGCGACAAGAAAACUUACCAGCAGGACCCUGCCAAUGGCCGAGAAGCAUUGAUCGAAGCUGCAUUGGACGAGGCCGAAGGUGCUGACAUGAUGAUGGUAAAGCCAGGUAUGCCUUACUUGGAUGUCAUUCGUCGUCUGAAGGAUGCCUCUGCUCUGCCAAUUGCCGCCUACCACGUUUCGGGAGAAUAUGCCAUGAUCAAGGCAGCCUGCGAACGCGGCUGGUUGGACGAAAAGGCUGUUGUGAUGGAGACUUUGACGUGCUUUAAGCGAGCUGGAGCUGACAUCAUUCUUACGUAUUACGCUAAGCAAGCUGCUCAGUGGAUCAAGGAAGAUGGUCUCUACUAAGUAGCUUGAUAAUACUAUGGCAAUAAUAGAUAUGAUUAAUUUAG